AUGAAGUAUAACAAACUCACGUGGAUCGUGGAAUUGAAAGUUACAACACCGUAAACGAUGGGAAAGAAAACCAAGGUUGGAAAGCAAAGAAAGGAUAAAUUUUACCAUCUUGCCAAAGAAACAGGUACUAGAUGUCACUUUUUGGUUCUAUUGCCAAUACAGACAUCUAAAAUCAGUUCGCUUAUGUUCAGAAAUGGAAAUAUGUUCAGAAGUUGAAUUCACUGCACACUCUUAUCUCACAAAACUAAUAUUCAGUGUAUUUCGAAUUUGAGCCAAAUUCCUCACAUUUUCUUGUUGAUUUCAAUACAGGUUAUCGUUCUCGGUCAGCUUUCAAGCUCAUCCAGUUGAAUAGAAAAUUUAACUUCUUACAGACUUCAAGAUGUUUGAUCGACCUGUGUGCUGCACCUGGAGGAUGGUAAUAAGCUUAAAACUUCAAGGCAAAAUUUUACUCUUUAGCCGUCCCGAUAUUCUAAAUAUACAUAGGGGAAUUUGAUUAACACUAUAUCUACAAUAGCUUUAGUGAAAAAGGUACAGUUUGUACGAAGUCUAGUAUAUUUUGACCACCAUUUCUCCACCCAACUGUACCACCUGAUCAGCUGGCGCCAGUUGUUUAAAGCUGGAUAGGGCUAUUCACUGGAUAAGUUUCCCUAAUACUGAUCCACUGAAUAGUGAUUUAUCUGGUGGAUAGUACCAUCCAUCUUUUGAACAACUACAUGCAUGUAGGGCCUGAUGAUCUUGGUACGGCUACCUAUCAGCUCACAGAUGGUGAGAAGUGAAAAGUCCUUGUUUAUUGGUAUAAAAUCACCAGACAGUGCUGUUUUAAAAAUAUAUUUGAAAAAAAAAACUAUUGCAAAUUAAAAAAUUGCAGUAGAAUACAAGUAGAACACAUGCACUAAUAUUAGAAGGCUUGCCAUCAUUUUCUAUCAGAUGACUGUUGAUUUUUUUCCCUAUUGUAUACUGUCGGCUAAUAGAUAUCUUGAAACUUCGUCUUUUCAUUGCCUUAUUAAAUAUAAUUAAUUUUGGUUAAAUCAAAUGAUGUUUUUACCGAUUUUCUUCCACUUUUUCCUCAAGGCUCCAAGUUGCUUCAAAAUUUAUGCCUGUGUCAAGUGUAAUAGUAGGUAAGCAGCUGAACUGUAGUAAUCUCUCUAAUAGACCAAUUAUUCCAAUAUAUUAAAAUUCAUACUUGGCUGAGAGGCUUGUGGGAAUAAAACAAAAGAAAUCAUCUUGAGACUCAGCAAUGAACAUUUCUUUUGUUUUAUUCCCCCCAAGCCUCGGAACCAAGCAUGAAUUUUGAUAUAUCAAAAGUGGUCAAUUCAACAACAUGGAAACAAGUGUUUGCAUUACAGAUAUAUUAAUUGCUAUUGGGUGGAGCUGGAUUAAAUGAAGUUAAAUAUCUUCUUGGACAAAACUGGUCAUAAUAGCCCAUAAUAGACUAUAGGGACUAAGGUCAUAGGUUUGACCUUUGUUGAAAAAACUCUUUUUCUUUUUUUGAGUUGCCUGUACAAAGGUCAAGGAAAUUAAUUGUCAUACUACCUUUUUCUAUGUAUAUACUUAAAAUUUAAGUUAUUGAAUUAAGUUAUUAAGUUAAGUUAUUUUUUAUUAUACUAGGCUAGAGGUUUGUUAGUUGAAAGAAACAUCAUCCAUUCCAUGUAUGUAGUGAAAUGCUGGCCAAAAAGUGUAUUUUGGUGCCUGUCGGGAGUAAAUAAACUAUUAAACAAAACAAACAAAAAGGAUGCUUUAUUCAUUAUGCAUUUAUUGUUCUGUAACUAAUUAUAAAUGUGAUUUUAUCUUCAUUUAAAGGUGUUGACUUGGUUUCGAUUAAGCCUAUCCAUAAUGUCAUCACUCUUCAAGAGGAUAUUACGACAGAUAGAUGUAGACAGGUAUUAAAAUGCAUUAUAAUAAUAUCAUAAAUCUAACUUAAUUGUGUAACUGUAAGCUGCUGGUACCAUACAAAUCCAUCAUGGCAGUUUGGCCGAUCUUAAUGCAAAAAUUAAUGUUCUUCUUCUUCAGACUUCCCUUUUUUAGAUCUAGAGACACAAUAACCUGAACAUUCUUUUUACGCUUGGAAAAAUGUUAGAGUAAAGAUUUUUGUUGGAGGCAGUAAAGUAAUGCAGAAGUAAUUAAAGGGGAAGAUGAUGUUGUAUAUAUCAAGCAAGUAGUAUUUCUGAACUUAUUUACAGACAUACUUUGAAAUUAAUUAAGUUUCUUUCCAUUUCCAGCUGAUAAAUAAAGAGCUUCAUACUUGGAAAGCAGACUGUGUGCUUAAUGAUGGUGCCCCAAAUGUUGGCUCAGCAUGGAUACAAGAUGCUUUCACCCAAGGUAUGUUUAUGAAAAAGCCUUUUUUCAAGAAAAAAUUGAAGUAGAUGUUUGAUAUAUAAUCUGCCGCCCCCCCCCAACCCCUUAGCAGGAAUCAAACCCAUGACCUUCCAGUUACUGAUUGGACAGUCUCACCACUGAGCUAUGGGUGAUACACACGGUGAGGAGGGCACAGGAUUAGAUGAGAAUGAAUAAAGUACAACCAAGCUUGUGUUGUGGUGGUUUUAAUAUUUAACACAUUACAUUUCAUCUCGAAUUUUUAAGGCUCAAAAAUUCUGCAUGGGAUUUUUUGGUGGUUAAUCUUUGGUCCAGGGAUCAUCCCCAUCACUUGAAAUCCAGAGUACCCCCCUGCCCAGGGCUUUGUCAAGCAUUCAUCCCCCACAUGAGGAACACGUGACGAAGCCCUAAGAACGUAAAUGUCUAGUAUGGGAGGCUACAUGGUUGUACAUGUAUGUACAUUGUAGGCUGUAACGUAUAAAUUGACAAAUUUUUAUAUAUGUGUGGUAACAAAUUUGUGUUCUGGUGUAAUUUUACCCAGCUCAGCUGACCCUCAGUGCUCUCAAGUUAGCUUGUGAUUUCUUGCAAGAAGGGGGAUGGUUUAUUACCAAGGUGAGCUAAUGUAAAAUAAUGUAUAACCAAAUAUUUCUAUCAAGUUAUUCCAUGUGUACAGUACUGUAAUAGUCACUGAUAGCAAGUAUUACCCUUCCUAGAUCUCGGUUUUCAGGUGUAAAUAACUGCUAGUAAAAAACAUUCAGCUGUACAUGUAUGGUCUGUCAAUAGGUAUUUCGGUCUAAAGAUUAUCAGCCACUGCUGUGGGUGUUUCAGCAACUGUUCAAGAAAGUCCACUCUACAAAGCCACAAGCAUCAAGAUCAGAAUCUGCGGAGAUUUUUUGUUGUUUGCCAGGUAUGGUACCUUAACAAAAUUUGUGAAAAAACAAAAUGAUAACAGCUAGUUGACUUUUUGACCUUCAGAAUUUGCGUGUUUUUGAAAGGCACAGUAAAGUUGGUGUCAGCCCCUUAUAAUAUAUUGCUUUGAUUUUUAAAAGGGUUAUAUAGCUCCAGCCAAGAUUGAUCCCAAGUUGUUGGAUCCAAGACACAUCUUCAAAGACGUUGAACCUGAAGGAAAGAAGAAAAUCAGCAUUUUGCAAGUAGAGGUAAAUGUACAUUAUUUAGUUAAUGCAGUUGUACCAAAUUGCCCAUCCCUUUAGUUACAUAACUUGUACAUGUUGGUAUUCUAUCUCAGUUGUAACUACUUCAAUUUUAUAGUACAUGUAUUUUGAGCUGUAAGUAUAUAAAAUAUUUCUUGGCUGAAUUAUUUUGGUCUUUCUGCAUUUUUGUCUGAGUCCACAAAUUAAACUAUGAUGAGGCUGUACAAAAGAAACCUUUUUUUAAAAAAAAAAAUUGUUAGAAUUUUCCAUUAAAUUUUUUUUUUCAAAAAAGGGGCAAAAAGCUGUAUAAUUAAUUUUACAUUCAUUCACUUGAACUGUUAGAUGUGAAUGUUUCAUUUCUUUUUUAUUUAUAAAUUAUUUUUCAGAAACAGAAAAAAGCACGUGCUGAGGGUUAUGAGGAAGGUGACUACACUCUCUUCAGAUCAGCCACAGUUUCUGAGUUUCUUCAAACGCAGCAUCCUUUAGAGGUGCUGAGUGCAGUGAAUGAGGUAUGUUUUUUGUGCAUGUGUUUACAAUAAUAUUAGUUUUGCAAGCAGUUUUGCUUGUAGUAACAUGUAUGUUUGCAUGUACACCUCAUUGUAUGUAAAUAUUUUAUUUCUUUAUUGCUAUUUUUAUAUAUAUUUUAUUCUAAGGAAGAAAAUUUUCUUGACAAUGUCCAGAGCAGAAACACAAUCUUUUUGAUAAACUGUGGCACUCAUGUUCCCUUGCUAAAGGUGCCUGGUUAGUGUACAGUGGAGGUACUCCCCUCACUAAGGAGGUAAUGGUAGUGGUGGUGGUACCCUUUAUUGAAGGUGUAUGUAUAAUUAUUGUAGGGGUGGUAUGAGUGUACUUUUCUAGAGGUGUCUGUUUAGUUAUGUGUACACAGUGAUUACAGUACCCUUACACUAGGUAUCCAUUCCUUUACUGUUUCUGCCUGUAUAGUGCAGGUAGUGGUGAUGGUACAUGUAUUCCUUUGAUGGAGGUGUCCACAUAUGAUUUAAUUGUUCCUCAUUAGUUGAAAGUGUCCUUUAGCUGACUGUAUUUCUAGUCAAUAACAUCAUGACUUAACUGACAAAUGGCCAAUGAUGUCACAACUUAAUAGGCCAAUCAAGUCAAUAACCAGACCUUAAUAUUUAUUAACCAUCAACUCAUGUGAUACAAAUCACUUUGGCUCUCAAGAUGACUACCACACAGGUAGUCGAAAUGUCAGUCACAGUCAACAACAGUCCUUUUCAGUACUACACUCACUCAGACAAUCAUAUUCCACCUACUUAUGUCUUUUACCUGGUGUAAGAUUUUUUUUGUCUUGAUAAUUUGCUUCUUCAUUUUCAUGACCUUAGAUUAUAUUUGAUGACAAGAAGUAUACAGAACACAAUCUGACAACAGUGGAGGUCAAAGAAGCUUGCAAAGACAUAAAAGUUCUAGGCAAAUCAGAUAUAAAGUGAGUUUAACAAAAUUGUUGUGCAUUUCAAUAGUUUUGACACAUAUAAUGUCCAAAGAGAGCUUAAGGAUAAAAGGUAAUUUAUUUUGUUUCAUAAAAAAUGUGACAUCUCUAGCUGCUUAAUUGACUACGUAAUGAAUACACUGUAUUAUCUUGCAGGUACUGGUAACAUUUUGUUCUCAGUUUGAAACAUUGUGAAACUUGUUUGGUUAUUUUAAUGUAAUGUAACAAAUAGAGAGAUCAGAGGUAUAACAUUUACACUGUACCUUGUUUAAUCAUAUACAGGAAUCUUUUAACUUGGCACAAAGCUUUGCAGAAAGAAUUUUUUGGAGAUGAUUCUAAGGCUGACAGGUUUGUAGACAAAAUGCAAAGAAAAUUCCUUAGAUUUUAUGUGUAUCUAGUUUAUUUUGUGAAAUUAUCUGCUUAUUGUUUCCCUCUUAACCUUUAUCAACAGGGUCCAAGACACUGAAGAAUUCAAAGAGACUGAGGAGGUUAGAUGUAAUGAAUUAAUGUUGGACCACUUCUAUAUGGACAAAUUUUUAUUUAGUACAAACAGUAACAACUGUUGUAUUGGUCCCAAAGAUAACAAAUUUCAUGCUACCCCUACUUCCUGGACAUCUCUGUAUUUGUGGACACUGGUUGCUGACCCUUUAGUGUCACUUUUUUGGCAGAACUUUUGCACGGUGGUAUUUACAAGUAUUUCUUAGGACUUUACAACAAGAAAUUUGGAAUGUUUGCAAUUUUUUUUUACAUUAGCCUUUCUAUGAGAGAUUCAAGGAGGUCCAAUUGUGAUCAUGAUCAAAUGAAACUGUGAUGCAAAUUAUAGUUAUUAUAAUAAGCUCAUUGAAUUAGUACCUACCGUAUUUACCCGUGUAUAAUGCGCACUUUUUUUCCCUGAAAUCGACCUUUAAAUUUACGAUGCGUAUUAUACACGGAUUCCAUUGUUUGGUCAAGAAAACAAAAGAAGACAAAAACUUUGCAGUAAUUGGUGUUUAAUAAACGCAGUAAAGUAAACUACCAAUGAACUGUUUUCAAUUUCGAUCCAUGAAUAAAUUAAAAUGCCUAUUUAAGAAACAGCUGAUCGAGGAAAACAACAUGUGAGAUUGUCACUAUAGCGAUCAUGGCUACGAAACUUACCACUGUGAAACGUCAAAGUUACACUGUGUCCGAGAAGUUACGAAUAAUUCAGUUUGCAGAGCAACAUGGCAAUCGUGCUGCCGAGCGUGAGUUUGGUGUUUCCGAGAGUAACGUCAGACUCUGGCGAAAAAGUAAAGAAAACCUCGAGAAGAUGCCUCGACUGAAGCGUGCUAACCGCGGAAAGAAAGCUGCAUGGCCGGAGUUGGAGGUCGAUCUGCUGGCUUGGAUUACCGAGAAAAGAAAUAACGGUCUUGCCAUUCUGCCAUCCAUUGUGCGACUGAAAGCCCUCGAACUAGCCAAGAACGAGAAGUACGGAAUUCCUGAAGGACAUUUCAAAGCUGGCAAUCACUGGUGUCAGCGCUUCAUGAAGAGGAACGGUCUGUCACAUCGACAGAAAACAGCAUUAGCACAACGUCUGCCAGAUGAUUACGAGGAGAAGAUCGUCCGAUUUCAUCGCUACAUCAUUGAUCGCCGUAAAGAACACAACUUCCCACUGCAUCUCAUCGCCAACAUGGACGAAACUCCAUUGACCUUCGACAUGCCACCGAAUCGUACUGUAAACAACACCGGCGAGAAAACCAUCAAAAUACGUACCACGGGGAAUGAGAAGAAUCGAGUAACAGUUGUGUUGGCGUGCUGCGGCGAUGGAUCAAAACUGAAACCGAUGUUAAUCUUCAAGAGGAAAACCAUCCCUAAGAUCAACAACAAGCAUGGAGUCGUUGUUUCAGCCCAACAGAAAGGAUGGAUGGAUUCAGAGCAGAUGAAAGUGUGGAUCGAAAAAGUAUGGCGUGCACGGAUCGGUGGCCUGGGGAGAAGAAAGAGCUUGCUUGUUUACGACGCAUUUGAAGCUCACGUGACAGAUACUGUGAAAGCGUCCUUCAAACGCGAGAACACUGAACUUGCUGUUAUUCCUGGCGGGUUAACCUCCCUUCUCCAACCGCUCGAUGUAUCUUUAAACAAACCGUUUAAAGAUGGAGUCCGAAAGCACUGGAUGCAGUGGAUGGCUGACGGAAUUCACGAAUUUACCGCCACUGGACGACAAAAGAAGGCUUCGGAGGAACUGAUCUGUUCGUGGAUUUCGCAAGCAUGGAAUGCCAUUCCAUCAGAAAUGAUCGCUGCCUCUUUUCUGAAGUGUGGCAUCACAAACAAUUUGGAUGGAUCAGAAGAUGAAUUGGUUUACAAUUCAACCGAGAACACUCAUGAACUUGAUGAUUCAAGCGUCGAAAACCUAUUUGAAUCAGACUCUGAGUCAGAAUUUGAAGGUUUCGCUGUUUAGGAAUGCGUUGUUUAAAGACACUGAACAUUUUACUUGAAUCGAAUGCAAUAGUAAUGAUACUCAAGCUACCAGCAGAGCUGUGAGGAGAAAUACCGGUACUGUUUAUGAAUUGCUGUUAUUAAAUUUUAUAAGUUUAAGUAUACUAGGUAAUAGGGACUUCAAGUUACAAGAUUUGUAAAACGUUUCACUUUUGUUAAAUAGAAAGGCGUGUAAAUAGGUGCUCGGUGCAUGCGAUAUUUGUAGUUUAAGUAAGUAAGUAAGUAAACAUGUAAACAUGUCAUUAAUGAACUCCCAGCUCUUGUUAAUUAAAUGGAAACAUGGAAGUUUUAAUUCUUGGUGUUUAUCUUGAAAUUUUUUUUUUUUUAGAAUAAGGUGGUCAAAAGUUAGGGUGCGUAUUAUACACGGGCGCGCAUUAUACACGGGUAAAUACGGUAACUGGAAUCAGUUUAGGCUUUCACUAGAAAUAAAAUGCAUUAUAGUUUGGCUUUGACUCCAGAUUGCUCCAAACAUAUUCCUGAACAGUCUCCCUUAAAUGUUGACAAUAAUUAUCAUUGCUUUUUAGGAAAGUCUUGAGAAGACCAUUCAAGGGCUAAAAGAAGAAGAAGCCGCACUUAUUAAAAGGUACUAACAUAUGUAGAUUUUAUUAAUUUUUGUUUCACAUUUUGUGCACUGAGAUUGGGUAGUAAUUCUGACACAUUGUUUUGUAUAGAAAUGGGUAUAGCAGUCUCUAAAGAGCAUAUGUUGAACAACCUUGAAAAAGAUAGAAGUAAAAAUAAGAAAAUUAUAACCAGAAGAGAGAAAACAAGAAAUCUGUGUUCACCUUAAUGUUAGGAGAAGUGUCUGAACUGAUAUCCAAACACUGAGGAGUGUAUUGAGUUGCAAAAGAAAUUAACGCAGCGGUGAACCAAAAGAACCGUGUGUUAUUUAUCAGUCACAUAAACCUGGGUAACAAUAGAUAUUUAUGAACUGAAAAGUGUUUUUUAACAAGUCGGUGUUUCUCAAGCAAUCUUUGAGAUAUCUGACAUAGCUCUCCAAAAUUAAUAAUCACUAUUUCUUGAACAAAUCUUGAUGAUAAUUUACAUCAACUUCCCUUUCCCUGAUGUAAAUUUAACCUUGUGGAUGCUAUGCCUUGUCCAGAUUUUUUUUUGUUAUAUCGUAAUCGUUUGUAUUCCUUGUUUCCAGACAAAAGAGGAAAGUUCAGCAACAAAGGCAAAAAUUGCAGGAGAAAAUGAGACUUAAAAUGAUUUUGCCAGGAGAUACAAGAGAAGUGGAGACUGAUAUGGAAGUGUUUUCUCUUGCAAAUAUCAAAAGUAAACAGGUAUUAACUGCAAAAGUAACAAUGUAUGUGCGUUAAACAAAAUGCGCAGCGAUGUUCCUCGUGUUUUACAACAAUUGUUAUGGGCACAACUGUCUAAACUAAAGGGCUUUUUUACCUUAUGUUAUUCGAGUGGUAGAAAAUUUCCUUACAUACCAAAUUUUGCAAUCUCUUAGCAUCUUGAGAACGUAGAUGAGGCAAAAACUGAUGAACUGUACUUGGAAGAUGAUAAAGAAGAAAGCAGCGAAGAAUUGGAGAUGCAGUCUGGCUCAGAAGAAGAUGACAAUAGCGAUGAAGAGCUGGGCAACCACGAUGAUAGUGAGGACGAUGAAGAAUUAAAAUUUGACGAAGUUGGAACAAAAUCAAACAUUGAAAACCAACAGAGGUUGUAUUAUCUGAUCACUUAUAUAUACACUGUAUUUAAGCCCUUGCAGUUCCAGGGUAGACCAGAAUAGAGCUCUAAUCUGACCCACUUAAGCGCUAUAUGUGAUCCAAGUCACAUAUAGCCCCUGCUAAGUGGAGACAUUUUGCUAAAAAUCAGAACGCCUUACCAUUAGUUACAGAAAUGAAAAAUAAUCUUCCUUAAACUCGGCAUGCAGUGUUUAUAGCUUAAUGGCCGUGCAAAAAGCUGGAAGAAAAAAAUUGAAGCAAAACGUAAUAAGUUAUGAAGUUGCAGUUGUUAGAAGGCAGACAGAUUGACGUGCAUACAUACAUACACUCUUUACAGGUAGCCAUUACAACACUGAACGAGGAUCUCGAGGGUAUCCGUAUAUUAAGAUCUCUCCUUAACUUGACUUGAUCGUCAGUUCUUUUUCAUCGACAGGGAGAAGAAUCCGCUCUUAGUAGAUCUGGAACCUGAGGUUCCUCUCACAGCCAAAGCAAAUAUGUGGUUUGAAAAAGUGAGUUAUUGUUCUACAGUAUCUUAGUUUUUAUGAUUAUUACAACUAAAAUCACGGAUUGUGUGAGUGCCUUGCGGUCCAACUCGCGAAGAAGUGUCUUUUUAGCGCUAAUCAUAUAAUACGGUAUUUUUCAGGAUGUGUUCAAAGGUUUAGAAGACGAAGCGGAUGAAGACCUGGAGAUUUCUCAGAUGGUAGAAGAAUACAAAAAGAAAGGAGGAACUAUUCUAGGUUGGUUACUACCGUUUUUUUCUUCUGUAACGAAGUACCGGUAGGAAAAAAGUUACCAUCUCACUUAAGGAAAACGGCGUUUAAACGCUUUGUGUCGCUAGUCGGAGAGAAGGAAUCUUGGAUAGAAGUCAUCCUUUAUGUGGGCUUAAAUAUCAAUUGCUUUAUUUUUUUUUUAAAAUUUUAUUGUGUUUCAACACCAUAUAUGGGUUGAGUUUGUUGUUGACUCCCAUACUUGCUACAAGAGGUUUUCCUCCUGGCUAAGUUGUUCAAAGCUGGGUUAAGAUAACCCAGGGUUAGUGCGAAUUUUGAAUUCAGAAAUAAAUGCUAAAAAGCAAAUUCAGUUUAAUUCUUUUGGUCUGCAUUUUGGUGACUGGAUGCUCCAAAAAGAAAAAGAACCCCGGAUUAAAAUUUAACCCCAGGUUAGCGCUAAUCGUCCUUCAAACAACUGGGUCCUGCAGGUGCUAAGGUUUUCACCUCUCCUCAAUACCCAACAUAUUUAUUUGUUUAUUUUUUUUUUAUUGUUUUGCCACAGAAAGGAAAUCGGAAUCGACUCCUGCUGAUCAACAAAGAGGAACAAAGCGGGGAGGAAGCAAUAAAACAACCAAAGAUGCGAAAAAAGUGCGCUGGAGAAACGAUAAAGAGAGCAGUGACGAAGAAAGCGAUAGCACUGUUGAUAGUGAAGAUGAAAUCUCGCUAAAUAAAACAAAACAAAAGAAAAAAGAAACUCAAAACACCAAACAAAAGGAUUUUGAGGUCGUUCCAAUAGAGGACAACAGUAAGUAUAUUUUUUUGAGUAAAUGUGCCACAAUGUUUUACCCUGUGUAAGGAAAUUGGGAUUCCGGAAUCCGGGAAAUUUUUGCCUGUGGAAUCCAGAAUUGGAGAAAAUUUUCUUAUGGAAUCCGAAAUCCUGGACUUUGGAAUCCAGAAGACAGCUCGAGGAAUCCACAAUUCCACUAACAAUGGGAAUCCAGAAUCCAAGUUCUACUGACAAAGACUAGCAUUCAGUACCUGGAAUCUGGAAUCCAUAGCGUGGAAUCCAGAAUCCAAGACUGUCUUAGAUUCCCUAACAUGGGGCGAAAUGUUACGGUAAUCAUUUCAGUUGGAAAUGUCUUUAAAAUAAGUGGCGAUCAUUUACUUAUUUUGUUUCGUUUAACAGGUAAAUAUUUAAAAAACUUGACUCCUGAAACUUUGGCAUUGGGACACAAGAUGGCUUUUUCGCGAAAAAACAAAAGGGAUAUCAUCGACAGUGGUUAUCACAGGUGAUUUAGUUAAUAACAGAGUACACUGGAAACCUGAAUCUUCUAAAUUUUUUAUCGUCGGUCACAAACCACAAAUUACAGGGGCGGAUCCAGGAAUUUUUUAUUGGGGGUUAGGGGUACAAUCUUUGAAUCCGAAAACACUGUUUUACCGGUGUUUAUGGCAAAUUAAUUCAACCCCCAUACUACGGUCUCCCGGCUUGACUAGUUUUUAUCCGUUGAAAGAACGAGGCUAUAGGUCAAGUUGUCGCCAUAUCGACUGUUUUUGAGGGGCGAGCAAAUGUUUCUGUUAACGCCGGGCAGAUACUACUGCUUUGCGAGCUGAUACGAGCAGACCAUUAGAGGAUACCCUCCCAAAAUUACAUGUUUGAAUAUGCCUGAAAUUUAAUUGUUCCAAAAUGUACCGCGUGUUUUAAUAAAUUAAAAGGUCAACCUGUUGAAUCGUGUGAUAAAGGAUCUUAUCGAUGCAUACCCUUCGAGCACAGGUUUGUCUCUUGCAUGGCUUUUACCGUUUACGAAGUCGUUAGCGACGCUUGUCUGUCGCUCGAACGACUUCGUAAACGCUAAAAACCGUGAAAAAGAGAAACCUCUGCUCGUAGGGUAGUCGAUGCAAGAAUUUCAGUGACAAGUAGUAAAAAACAACCGCGAAACUGUUGGGGGGGAAGGUGGAGUUCCGGAUCCCCCUCCUCUCUACGAAUUGUCAAUGACUAAUUUUGUCUUUAGAUGGGCAUUCAAUGAUGCAAAUCUUCCUGAUUGGUUCAUGGAGGACGAAGCGAAACAUUACCAGAGGCAGCUUCCGGUUUCCAAAGAGAUGGUUGCGGAAUACAGAGCAAGAAUGAAAGAAAUAAACGCCAGACCAGUGAAAAAGAUCGCAGAAGCAAAAGCAAGGAAAAAACGAAAGGUAAAAAAGCUAUUGUUUGUGACGAAACAGGUUAAGUGCAGCGGGACACGAAAACGAGUGUGCGGGAAACCUGACUAGGGGACUGUUUCUUGAAACUGUCGACUUUUUGGAACGAAAAAACCUCUUUUGUGAGCAUGAUACUUUCAACAAUUUGAAUUGAAAAUGAUCCAAAUUGUUUUGAUAAUGAGAUUAUUAAACGAAGCAAGUUCGUGUUUUUCGUGUUUUUACGGGCUCGUAAAGUUAUCGGGGCCAUAAAAGAAAUGCUGAAGUUGUGGAAACUUGGGGCGUUGAAGCGAGGAAGAUAAAAGGGGGACCUCCUCCCACUAAUUAUGAGCUAGAUAAAUUAUGAGGAAAUUUUUAGGAAUACUACACCUGGUUGGGUGAUAAAUGGAAAGGCAAUUCUUGACGAUUCAACAGCUGCAAUGUUAAGAAGAAACGAGUCAGUAGUCGUGGUGUAGAUUACUUGACCGACUAUGUUCAUCACGGCAGCACAAACCCCAAAAUACACUUAUUCGCAAGAAACCGCUUAUUAUGCCGGUUUUGGGAUUUGUUAUUGACGUUAUUGCGAUAAACCUAUUUUGUUAGGAGAUGAAACGACUUGAGAAGGCACGUAAAAAGCAGAGGCUAUUUGCGAUACAGUUGAUGUGUCAGAAAAAGAAAAAAAUGAACCAAAUAAGAAGGUAGGUAUUAAGAUAAAAAAUUAGGCCUUCUCUUUUCUGUUGCUGCAGAUUACGAUCAAACAUCCAACUACGGUUAAUGUCAUAAGAUUUUAUGGUUGAAAAUUUGUUUUGACUAUUGACGUUAUGAUGUCUAACUGUGUCAGAUUCUUCGUGCCCCCCUACCCCAAUUUUUUUUGGGAAAUUUUACUUAAAAGAAGACUUAAUUUUGAAGGAAUAUUUGGGCGAGUGAAGCGAGGCUCGCGAGAACGCGCGAGCGAGCGGUGAAGCCGCUUCGCUUGCCCAAAUAGGAGAGCUUGCUCGCAGGCUAGGAUACCCGAUGCCCCCCCAUAGGAGUGGGCCUCCAGAAAAACGUCUGCGUGAGUACUCCACCAGCUCUGAUAGCCUUCGUGGCCUCUCACCUUCAAACGUGUUCCAACGGGCCUGGCGUGAAUGAAAAAAGGUCAUUAUAUUCUUGGUUUGCAACCAUGUGACAUGGCUUUCAUGUUGGUUAACAGAAGAAUGGUACUUUUUUUUUUCUUUGAAUAAAGGUUUGAGUUCCUAGUAGAGGGAAUAGCUUGUGUUCUUGACAACCAACAUGGCCACCUUGAAGUCAGCUGUAAAACAGCAAUAGAGCCCUUUAUCUCUAUUUUAAUAGACCAUUGUCUGGUUCUGUAGGUAAUUGUAGUUUUCUUCUGUUCUCUUUUCAGUUUGUAUAAAAAGGCUGCUCUAAAAGGCAAACCCAAAGAGGUGAAGUACGUUGUCGCCAAGAAAAGCCAGGGUAAGAAGUUUUUUUCUAUUUCCUAACUAUGAACGGCAUUAUUUUGUUCGCAACUUUUCGCUGACAGUUUUUAAUUCAAAAUUUUGUUUGGUUUGUUAGACUUAACUUAUUUAUAGCACAAAAAAUAUAGCAGUAUUGUGGUCGAACUCCAUCGUCAAAUCUGUCCUUCAAAGCACUGGACUUGAACUUCUAUACCCGCGCUACGCUCCUUUUAUAUUUUUUUUAUUUUAUUUUAUGAGGGGAGGAGAGGGAAAGAGAUACAGGAGAGGGCAUGAUCGGCUAACUGUGGAUCGUGACACGAUCUAAGUAUUUGCAUGCCUUCGGUAAACACAGGGCAGUGUACUCCUGAUUGGAAAGAUAAAACAAAACUCCUUUGUUUUUUUUCGUGUGCACUUUACGCUUGUUUUACUGCGUUCAACAAUCAGCAGCAACAUGUACUAAAAUACAGAAGAACACUAAUCUUUUCGAAGUGGGACUCAGGGUAACUGAAACAAGGGCAGCGUCUUUGUUGCGCUGAACUAGAUGUAGACAACUUUUGACUCCAUAUUUACUUGAAAAUUUUGACACCGACUUAACGCGAAAAGAAAGAAUUUUAAGGCACGAACUUGUGUGACACUCCUGGCCACACUUCCACGUGGCAAAUUCAGAAUACAAAACAGCAGCAAUGUUACCUGUAAAAACUUUAUAUAAAAUCUGAACUUUAUCUAAGCUUUUUGUUUCUUUUUCAGCUGCAAAGCGAAUGAAGAGACCCGCGGGAGUGAAAGGCCCUUAUAAGAUUGUUGACCAACGGAUGAAGAAAGAUUUAAGAAGCCAAAGGGCGAAAGAUAAAAGAAACAAACGGAGUGGAAAGAAAAGCAGAUGAUACAUAAUCAUAACAUAAUUCUAGUUAUUUAUUUCCUCAUUCGUAUGUUGCAGGUAUGUGUAUAAUAAUCUAAUUCGUUGACCAAAGUAAUUCUUCAUUCGGCAAAAAGGUCAAGAAACACUGGCAGUUCUUCGUAUGAUUAAGGAGACUGAUGUAUUUUUUCUAAUAGUGAAUACAGUGUAAAAUAUCAAAACAUCUACGCGCAGCCGGAGCGCGCGCAGCUACAAGGUGGUCGAAGUUUGAAAGUUUUACGCUAAACUUUAAAAGUUAUAACGUUUGCUAUAUUUUGAAAAUAAAUACAGCGAUACAUACCUUGAAAUAGUCUAUGUCAAGAUUGACCAAAGGUUAUAAUAAAAUAAUUCAUAGCCUUAUAAAGUUGGAAAGUUUUGGUAGUUUUACUUAAUUUCUCUAUCAGUUAUAAAAAUCCCGUGCGCUAACCUUUCAGUCUAUUUUCUGGAUAAUAUUGUCUUACACAAGUCUUGUCCUUUGAUUAAGGGUACGUUUUUUAAGUAUAUUCAUAGAAGAGCCAGACUUAGUGUUAUUUUUACUAAUAGUACUAAGAAUGAACUUGGGGAGAUAUUUUUCGUUGGGAGUAGG